CCUCUUCUUAUGUUUCGCUAUUUAUGUUUACAUUCACUACAGAACAAGAUAAAUGAUAUCAAAUUGGAGUGAAAACCUUUGACGGAAAUUAAUGCUAUCUUGAAAUCUCUGUUACAAGAUCUUUUCAGCGUUUAUGAGUAUACAAACACGUCAUGAGAUGUGUCGUCCUUGUCACUGCAGCUCCGUAUGGCGUCAGUCCGCAGUGAUGGACUGUGCUGUUCCCGGAUCGGAGGUCGUCCCAAAAAACUAUAACCAAAACACCGGAGCGUGCGGCGCGUUUACGUUACGCAGUCUGAUAAGACGAGAUGCUUGAUAAGAGGCGUUUAUAAACACACGGAUACAGACGGAGGAUGUCAGCAAACAGGCUGCGACCCCAGGGAAGGAUUCAGCAAAACAGCUGCCCUUCUCUGACAACACUGACGACUGUUUGAACCAAUGGGUCUCUCACUGUCAGUCUGGCUGUACAGCAGGGCAGAUCGCAGCCCUUCCUCUUCUUCAUCAGCUUUCCCGCUGCUGGCUGUCCCGAUCUCUUCUCGCCUUGCGGUCACGCUGAACUCCUCUCCGGUUGCUGCAGGAGACGGCCGGUCACACUGGAGCUCACUCCAGCGCUCUCCUCACUUCCUGCUAUCUGCCUGCAAACAGGAAGUGACACGCUCACCUGUUGAGCGGAGCAGCGAUGGGGUGAGGGCGGAGAUGGGGGUGAAGAGUGGGCUUCAUGUCUGGGAGGUGCUGUGGAACCCCAACCACAGGGGUAGUCAUGCUGUCUUGGGCAUUGCCAGGCAUAACUGCCCUCUGCAGGCCUCAGGGUACAAUGUGCUGGUGGGUGGAGACUCACAGUCAUGGGGCUGGGAACUCAAAACCAAUCAGCUCUGGCAUGCUGGACAGAAUAUAGGACUUUACCCUGGAAAGAGGAAGAGGUGUCACUGUGAGGCUGAGGAGGAUUUUAGGCCACAGUCUUCCACUUCAUCACACACAAAGAUAUCACAGACACAUCUCCCCAUCCCUGAGCGCAUCCUGCUGGUCCUGGACGCCGAUGCAGGAACUCUAGGAUUUAUUGUUGAUGGCAGCUUCCUCGGUGUAGCUUUUAAAGACCUCCCUCGUGGAGUGGAGCUGUUCCCAGCAGUGAGCAGUGUGAGAGGAGGAGCCAGCAUACGACUACGAUACCUGAACGGUGCCACACGUGACCCCCCUUCCCUGAUGGCUUUGUGUGGACUGUCAAUUCAUCAGUUUUUAGGGCACCAGAGGCAGAAUCAAAUGGACAAACUGCCUCUACCGCCUCGUCUCCAGGACUAUCUCCUCUCUAGUCAAUAACGUACACCUAUACAUGUAGACGCAUACACUGAAUAGGAAACAUUUUUUCAAGCACUCAGGUGUAACAAGAAUUUACAGAACAUUUCCUUUUUAUAUGGA